AAAGGAAAGUAGAGUCAGCGAUAAUUGUUACUCGAGCGAGCGAAUGCUAGCUCUUCCUCGUAUCGCUGUCACUGGUGCUUGUACCUUAUAUGUAUUAUUAAAAUUGGGUAAACUUCCCAAAAUUUAGCGCAGCUAUCAUUCAGAAACAGUCCCAGUAACAGUGAAUGCGUGUAAUACUAACCAUGGGCGAAGACAGUGUUAAAAGCACGAUUAAAAAUGAUAUUAAAACAUCAUUUUUAAUUGCAAACACAUUUAAUGCGCUGGUAGGUGGUCUAUUCCCUGUAACCGUGGGCACAGGCUGGUUCCUCACCGAGGGGUGUAUCCCUCCAUUGUUCUACGGUAUGGCGGUGGGGGUGCCGAUGUUUGCUCUCAGCGCGUUGGGUUUCUACGCUGCUUUUAAAGAGAAUAAGAAGAUGGCGAAUGCUUAUUCAGUGCUGAUGGGUCUGGUGGCGGCCGCGGAGACGCUGCUCGUGGCAGCACCCAUAUUUGGUGUAUUACCUGCCGCCUUUGUCGACCAGGUGGUCCACGUAUACUUUUGCAUCUUUCACACCGGAAUCGCGCUAGUUGCAAUGGCGUCAGCUAUGUAUCUGGCGAAGCAACUUCCCUCCGUGGAGACUUCGAUAACCUCCACGGGACACGGCUUCUGCAAGUGGGUGCUGUACGGAUUGCUCGUCGUAUUGGCUCUUGGAUAUUUCGUUAAUUAUUUUAGUGUGUAA